AUGCAACAAAAAAAGAACAGCGCAUUCACGGAGAAGAAAUGGAGAAGAAAUUCCUGGCGGUUAAAAACAAAGAAAUCUAACCCUACAUCUAACAUCGAUGCUGGAGCUUUUUCUCACGGUGGCUUUCUCGGCGGCGCCGCUCACCCUCUACUUCCCGCCGAUCCGAACCCUGAAUCCGUUCAUCCGCACAGCGAAUCAUCUUCUCCGGGACGCAAUCUCCUACGCUGCCGAUAUCUACCCGCGCCUACGCCUGGCCGUCUCGCGGCUCGUCUCCCCCAGUCGCGCCGCUGCCUCCAAAAGGUAGAUUUUUCAAUUCUCGGUAAAUCGGACGGUCGUUCUGUGACCGAUCUCUGUAUUAUUUCACUACUUCUGUUGUCAACGCGAGAGCCUCCGGUAAAUCAGACGGUCGUUCGUGUGCGAGCCACCGGCUACCCGGAUCUGUUUGAUUUUCCCGACGGCCAGCCACGACAAGUUGAACCUUUGAAUCGCCGCCAAAUCCCGACGGUUCUCGUCAAGUCAAUUCGUCACCGCACCACGCGCAAGCCGAGCCUAGCGGCUGCCGCACAUCGCCGAUUCGCUGAGCCGCCGCCUGGUUCUGCUCUCCUCCAAGGUCAUCUGUUCGAACUAUUGCUGGUACUUCAUGGAUGGGGACGGAGUAAUACUCCCCCACUGGUAAAAUCGGAACGUUAUCCUCAUGAUGCUGCGGAGAUGGAGUGGAGAAAAGGAAUGGAAUUCGAGAAUCUGAGAAAGGAAAAAGAAGAAUUUGGGAAGAGGAGAGAAUUGGGGGUCUGGAGAAGAAGAAAGAAAGUGACGGGAAAAGGAAAGAAAAGAAGGGAAAAGAAAAAGGAAAAAUAA